AGUAACUCUUCUUAGCUCUUUGCCGACAUUCUGCUGCGCACAUCCCUGACAUAACAAAAAGUUUCAAACAGGAAUUUGAUUUGAAUUUGUCGUUUAAGAGUUUAUUAAUAAUUAUCUAGUCUAGGGUCAUUUUAAGGAUUUUCAAAAAUGUAUAAGCAUCAGCACUGUAAUGAUGUACAAGAUAAUGGCAAAUCAAAAGCAUGGCUUUCGGUUUCAUCAGGAGGUAAAGGAGAAGAUGAAUCAUCACAAACUUCUCUCUCUAGUGAAAUCGGAAGAACCAGCGGUAGUAAUGUUGACGGAGUACUUCUUCAGAAUCUUGUUGAGAUUGUUCCACUCGUCGAGUCUCUCAUGGAUCAAAGACCCAAAUCUUCGUUUAGUCGUCGAGCCUCUGUGAUCUAUACAAAGACACCGUCAAAGGAGGUCGAUUCCAAGAAGGCUACUGACCCAAAAGGUACCAAAAAAGCUGCACAGUCCGUUCCAUCUAAAAAGCAUAGAGAUUGUCUUUGUGAUCAUGAUAAGAACAAAGGUAAAAAUGCUAAAAGCUAUGAACUCCCAACCUGCAACUCAAGGGCUUCGUCAAAGGUGAGGGAUAGCGAAGAGUUCAUAAGAUUACAAGAAAGAGUAGAGAAACUACAAAGAAAACUGUCAGAGAAAGAUGAGCUCUUAAAAUCAGCGCAGGUUUCAAUGAAGCAGAUGGCUGCACCUAACGCUGAUGUUUCUAAAAUGAAAAAACAGGUCAUCGGGAAGGAUUCAAUGAUUGAGGCCGCUCAUUCAAAACUCUCUAAUACACAGAUUAAGCUUGGAAACAAGCAAGCAACCCUGGAAACCUUAGAGUUGGAAGCAAAGACAUCAAAUAGAAAAGUUGAGAUUUUACAAGAAGAUCUUGACUCCAUGCAAAGGGAGAUUUCAGCGUUUACACUGUUAUUCGAAGUAUUGAAAGAGAAUAACUGUACUUCCAAUGUUGCUGUUUCAGACUCCCUUCCUGACUUGGAUCAGCUACCAUACAUAGACGGCAUUGAUGAGAACAAGAUGCUACAAAUGGAAGAAGUAAGAAAGGCUUAUGUUGCAGCUGUUUCGACUGCAAAAGAGAACCAAGAUGAAGAAUCAGUUGUUCUUGCUGCCAAGAUGAGAUUACGUCUUCAAUCUCUUGUCCUUGGACCACAACAUGCAAGUUCGCACGAAAGAGUUCACGGCUUUUCUGCUUUACCUGUGGAUAUGAUUGUAUCAUAGACUCAACUCGUCAAUGAUCUUAAAGAUCCGUUUUCAUUAUAAAGGGGUAAACUUAUGUCUUGUCAUUAUAUUGUAUUAACAGACAUAGAGAAUCUCUAGUUGAACUGAUGGGCACCAUUUGAGCUGAAAGAAUCAUUUGUGCUGUGCAAUUUAAGCCUUAUAGUGAUCCAUAUUACUUGAGCACACCUGAAAAACAUGUAUAGCUGGCUCGUUUGAGCCCCAGUUUUAUAUUUUAUGAAUCGAGAUUCAUACCGUCUUUAAUUUUCUUUCA